ACUAGAGUCUGGUUUCGAUUUCUGCCGAGCCAUGGUGAAGAUUUUUGUUGGUAACCUGAAUCCGGAGUCUAAGGCAUCUGACCUUCGUAAGAAAUUUGAAGCAUUUGGCAAAGUUACAGAAUGUGAUGUGGUGAACAACUAUGGUUUUGUCCACAUGGAGAAGGAAUCCGAGGCUGAGGCAGCUAUAGCAGGUCUUCAAAAUGCGAUCCUCGAUGGAGUCAAGAUUAAUGUCGAACGUAGUCAUGGGAAGCGUGGUGGCGGUCCUGGACCUGCUAGGCGUAGAAAUGAAAGUCGUUAUCGCGAUUACCCUCCUGACAGAGGUGCUCGUGGACCUCCACCUCGGUAUAUGAAUUCCGGCCCACCACCGCCACGGAUGGGUCGCUACGGUCCGGCUUGGGACGAUGGAUAUGGUAGUCCAUAUGGUCCACCACCACGCAGCAGUCCUCGUGGUUACGACUACCCUUCGAGUGGUGCCAAUGGUAGGUAUCCGCCACUGGAACGUGCGGAGCCGCCUAGACCAUUACCGCGAGGCCCGGCUCGUGAUCCCUUACCUCCACCGGCUGGUCCAGGGUAUCGUGGGCCUCCACUUCCUGAAUCUGUCGCUCCUGCAAGGGAUUAUCCUCCAAAAGCCGCUCCUCCAAGGUCAAGCUAUGAUGGGUAUGGAGAAUAUGAUCGAUAUCGAGAACCGGUACCCGCCUCCGGACCUCCACGUGCAAAUGACUAUUACGAUACAUACGGAAGCUACAGCAGUGGAAACUACGAUGAUUACAGGGAGAGUGACAGAACGUUGUCGAAUUAUGACUCAGGAUAUGAUUAUACCUACUACGAUUAUAGUAUGGACAGCAGAUCUCCGGCACCACCAAGAUCAGGGUACACUUAUGGUCGUCCAUAAACAAGGUGAGUUAUCUUUGUUACACUAGCUGAGACCUACUGUUCUCCGUGGAAUUGCCUUGUGCAAGCGUACUCGUUUGUGUUAGAGUGACCGUGUCUAUCGUUUGUCCGUAGCCUUAGAUCUGUGCGUUCACAUUGCGCUGAAUUUUUCGAUGACCUACUUAUCUUAAGUUUACCUAACAUUUCAGAACCAUACCGUGAGGUCGAACGCGAGGCAACUGCGAAUCACAUAGGCAAGAGGCGUUUGCAUUUAUUACCCGUUUCCUGUUCAUUCGCGUCAACGUUAAUUGGCUAGUGUCAGCGGUCUUGCACCCGAUCAUCCGGUUUCGCGUUUUAUAGACGUUAACUUAUUCGCUUUCAUUCGUGAGUGUGACCUUACUAUCCCCGUUUUUAUGCGUCGCAAGACUCCGUACGAUGUCACCAUUUUCCAUUUGUCAUUUUCCAAAUAUAUGUUGUGCUAGAAAUCAUUGCUUUUGCGUUAGUGAUAGUAAGUCUUCCUGGUCACCAAUGCGUGGCCUCGUCAUACCCGUGAAUCCGCUCGCAAGAUCAUACUUGUGGUAGGUAUUCUAAGCUGGCUUAUUUGUGUCGAAGCGUAGCUGGAGUCUUAAGUUAGACAACCUGUGUGGCUCUGACUUAGCAGAAGCACAGAUGUCGGUACUCCAACUUGAACACGAAAGACAAGCACAUUACUCUGGUAAUAACCAUGUGGCUCUCAACUCAGUUUCACUGAUUCUAGCUUUUGAGGUUGUUACUGUGUCGAACCAGUAAACAGGUUAGUCUGUGGGAGCAUCUUCGUGUAUCGACAUCUCAAUUCACUGUGAAUGCCCUUUCAGCUCAGGAAGUAACCAGAAAUGUUCUGUACUUUGUGUAAGUGCUGGGAUACCUAGUGGUGUACAUUAGUACUCAGCGUUAUGAAACUGGCUGUUUGCCUUAAUGAUGAUGGCAAUGGUCUUGGUACACUCUCGCUCGUUCAAACUGAUGCUUUUUAGGCAAGUAACCAGCCAUUGCGUUGCGGGGACUGGGAAUCACGCCUUCAUGAAGGCAGCGGUAUGGAGAGCUGGUCGGUUCUCCGUAUCUCCAAUUACAAGGUCGGAUAUGUCCAUACUUUUCGCUAUUCCUGUAGUAUGACUCCAGUGUUACGAGGGUAUGUCGAAGAUUUGACGUCUUUUCGAAGUGUCGUUAACUUCUGCCAAGGUUUUCAUUAUAAAAUUGUCACCACUAUAUUUGCCUGCCACGGUAAGUUUUUGGACUAAACUUCAUCUAUGUAAUUAUGGACUUUCCGUUGUUAUUUUGGCAUGUCUGUGCAUCAUAAUGUAAACUUGUACUGUCUUCGUAGUUAGGGGACCUCGGACGCUGCUCCUUUCCAGCAGAUGUAAUCCUACCAGCAGCUGCUACAUUGACGUGGUAGUUGGGGCUGCAUAUCACUAUAACCCAACGAAGUCCAUUGGACGCUUGUCACAUUGAGGUCCUGUCAUACAAGGGCGGUCUGUUGGCUGGUGGUAAGACGAAAAGCAGUUGCUACACUAUGAUGAGGGUCAAUAGACGUACUGCUGGCUGGAUCGCGUGUGACAACACCGUUUCUCAUGGAUGUCCAGCAGCGCCAUGCUGAUGGCACUUUCUCAAACGGCAGAAUUGGUUGCUAUCCAAUCAGACAAAUAAGCUUCAAAACAACAUCCCGCUAAAGGCCGCGUGUGACAACCCAUGCAAAUGUCUCUUGGGUUCUACGGUCAGAAAUCCCUCUCGGGUACUUUCACAUUGUUGGCUGUCGGGAAGUUUCCGCCGUCCGCACACUUCUAAGAGUGCUUCAAACAUAACCCAUCCUCCUCAACUCUGUAUCCUUUUCGUUCACCUCUUGAUACUAAUGUCUGGCUUCUUGCCCUUUCCCCAGCCUGUCACUCUGUAAUCAUUACCAACGGUCAAAGCAAUCGAGACAUCCUUCUAAGUCUCCUAAGAUGCCAGCAUCGAUAUCAUGUAGGGGCCUUCAACAUAUGAACUCUAUGCAAUUCGAACAGCAAGCAUCGCUCGCCAGAAUUCUAGAGUCUGUAGCCGUAGAUGUUUGUUGUCUUUAAAGCGCGCAUACAGGACCUGGGUGUGGUUAAUAAAUGGACCUCACUUGGCCAUAGCAAUGAAUCUUCACAAUUCACCAUGCUAACAUUCGCAGAUACAGCGACUAGCUCUCGUGGACCAGCUGGUGUAGACAUAGCAUUGUACUUUUGGGACAGAAAGUGCGCUUUCUGACUGAGUAUCAGUCAACAGCCGCCUGCGUGUUUGACCGAGUGGGUCUGUAAGAACCAGGAAGGGUCGUCAGACUAAUGGGUGCUUUUUCGUAGUCAACGAACCGACAACGGUGAUCAUCUGUUACAGUUUUCUCUGACAAACAUGAGAGGCAGUCUCACAUAGCGCCUUCCGACUUCAUAGCAACGGUGGACACAUCACAUUGCGUAGACCAUCGUUGUAAAGGACUGUUAGUCUUUCUGAAGUGACUGGACUCCGAUCGUUCGCUAGUAUGAGUUUGUGUGUACCUGAACCUUACUGGCCGCAGGGAACGAUGCAGUGAGGCCUGUCGACACUCGAUUGGCUGACGAGGACGUCAAGUACGCUUUUGGAGAGGAGUUAGGUGAGCUAUUAUCUGAACAUAACGGCGGUACUGAUUCUGAGGAAACCUGGUGUGAUAUUACGUCUGAUCAAGGCGCCCGAAGGUUAACAAACGUCACUGGAUUUCCGCGUCGUCAUCCGAGCUGGUUGGCACGAGAAGAUUGUCCCAGCGGACGAAAGAGAUUCAAACGUAAGUGCGACAAGAGUCUUCGCGUUGAUCGUGUGCAGUGGUGGGUGGCGAGAGGGGAAAAGAUAUGUAGGAGGUAUUAGCGCUGGGCAACAACCAGCAACUAUCUAAGCUUACUAAGGAUACAGGCAAGAAAAAGACUAUGGAUUAUCAUACCAUCGCCUAAAAGGAUGGCACGGUCAUAAGGACUCAGGUUAGGCGGGUCAACUGGCCUUCACUUACCCAAUAUCCAGCCUGAACGUGUAAAGGAAGUAGAUAUCGAUUGUCCAACUCCUUGAAGAGUAGAGUCUUCUUAAAGUUUUGGGAAGAAACCUAAGUACGUUCGGCAUGCGUUUUGAACCUAUUAGCUGAGGUGCUGCUGCUCGACUGGUCCCAAAUUACUCUAAAUUUAAUGAUAGGGAGAGUGAAGUGGUAGAAUGUAUCAGCCCCUUCGCUUACAAUGCGGGUUACAUUAUCCCUAAUAGUCUCGUUGCUGACGGAGUCUCGUCUGGAACGAAGGGGUCCCGUUUGGCAUUUGCUUACUUAUGAUAUCUCUGGCACCACAGGGCGAGAUAUCCGACUUCCUGUUAGAGGACAAGAAUACUUUGCUGCAGUCCGUUCCACCUUGCAACAUGGCUGUGGCAUAUGUUCACUAAAAGUAGACGUCAAGCGACUUCAGGUUUGGAUCAUAGGUGUUUUUGUAGCAUUGGUCACUUUUGGUGGGAUCACUGUGUGAAUGAUGGGGUCAGGUGAAGGGUACUGGGCAAGUCGGUUGAUAUGUUUGUGAAUCAUCGGCUGAGGUGACUUGAGUAAGUUUUCCCCACGUCGACCCACUACCUACCCUGACGUGACGUGCGAGGAGAGGUUGAAGGACGCUUCUGGGUGGUCGGAGCAAGAUUUGGCACCAUCCGAUGAAGUCUACUGCUGUUGACCUGAGCCGUGUGUGGGAGUUGUAGACCAUCUGGUCGGGGUCCCUGAGACGACAGUAAUCAGUGGUUCAGUAUUCUUUGUGACACAAUUGAAACUCGCCGCGAUAGUGCCGGUGUAGUAACUUCUCGACAAUCAAAGCUUGAAUAUUCGCACUAACCUUCGUCUUCAAAUUGCUUGUUAUCUCACCCAACUUCGUCUAUUUUGACAUCACCCUUUUUCCAUCCACGUGUGCUUUGUAUACCACUGCAAAGUGUGGCAACUUGGGCCGAUGCACCUGCAUUCUUCAUUCUGAAAAAGGAUCCGUAUUCUACGUUGAUUUUGUCAGUGGCAGUCAGUAAGCAUAGUUUUCUCGUUGUGUCAACUAAACCAGAUUGCAGAUGCGUUGAACUCAAAGCGGGGACAUUCGGUGUCGUUUGUCACAGAAUAUCGUCGUAUUUUAACCAAUGACCAUACUUUUCUUCAAUGGUGGGAUUAUUGUUUGAAGUGGUACAACAGUUCGCUGGGAUUCAUUUCAAAUAGGAGCAUGGAUCCUCGUUGGACCCUAUUGUUGUUUAUCGAACUAUGUGAGAGUUUAUUUGUAAGCUGAGGUUAUCGCUAUGUACGUGAGUAGCGUAAAUGUAUUAGUAAAGAACUCGUGAUUACCUUGUCUGUAAUGGGCUGCAGACGAAAAGUACUCGAGUAUCUGACGAUUGUAUUUUCGUCAACAGGCUUAUCACUCCAUACUUGUAGCAAGCGUGACCAUAGAACUAUGUUUGGUGCCUAAAGUACACUGACAAUAAAUUCAAUGCAGUAAAUGCACCUUUAUGUCUUGAAUAACAUGCUUUUUUACCUCCGGAUCUUGACUCUCUGGGUCGCUCGACCUCAUAAAACCAGCAAUGAUCCUCCAAAGUGGUCAUUAAUAGAUUCCUUUGAAUGCAUCGACGCGGUGAUAGCUGGUGUCAGUGGUCACUUGAUACGAAUCUGGCGUUAACGAGUGUUGUCCUAAUAUUAGAAUUUAGCAGAUAUUGACGUGUACCGAAAUUCCACUGACCCCCUUCAAAGCAGCCAAUUCUUUCAUGCACUCCAAAAGUAUCUAUAAUAAUUUAAAUAUACUUAGGAUAUCAAGGGGGUGGUGAUGUUUACUUGUUAAUUUUUUUAGUCGGUUGAGUUUACCUGUAUGUGUUCUGUAAUCUAUUUCAAGCCACCAAUAUUGCAAUCAAAAUCCAGAAUAAUUCAUUCAUAACUAGGAAAAGAUCCAUGGUGCUACUGACUGUCAAGUCUUUUGGUGCAUGUAUUUGCUCCCACUUGAAUUUAAUUCCUAAGUUAUCAUAGAUAGUGUAAGUAAUCUCUACAAUGUAACCAGAUCAUUGUCUGUGACUUCGAAGACUGCAACUGUCGACUAAAUCUUCGUGAAGUUGGAUUCACUAAAAUUCAUGUGAAUUACGGAGGACGAAGCAGCACAAUUUCUUUUCUAAUUCCUGUCUUAAUAUUUACAAUAUUAUGUGACAUCUUUUGACGCCUCUGUUACCAAUUUUUGUUUUAUAAAUAAUAUGAUGAAUAACAUUUCAGAUAAGCCAUGUUUUGCCGUUUGAGUAUGUGCUUUGUGUGUGUAGCUCCUGUAAACUCUUAGGGAGAGAUGAAACACUUCCGAUCAAGUUGAUCUUAUGAGUGGUGGAAUCCGGAUUCGAGAACAGAUGUGGAAGACCGCUUUUGUCAAUAGGCUUUCCUGUUUCUCAUACGUUUUGGAAGCAAGAAGUGAUCAACGUGGUCUUGAUUAUCAUCAUCAGCUGCAGUGGCAUACUGGUCACACUGGUUGCUGAUUAUUGAUUUAAGAAGCUACAAUUGCCAUGUACAUUUAUGUCCAAAGUUUUAUCUAUUUUCUAAAUAAAUCAGUUUAUUGAUGUGUAUUGCCUUCAAGUUUUUAGAAUAUAUCAAACUGAUUUGAUUUACAAUAUAUGAGCAGUCUUCAUACUGAAAGAGGAUCCAUAAACACUUCUGUCUCA